UUUGAGUGGUAUUGCCUGCUCGAUUUGGGACUGUUCACGUUACAGGAGUAUGUGCACUUCUGGGAUCAAUAACUACCACACCACCAGCCCUCCUAGCGGCCAGACAAGAUUGGAAGCUUCGGAUAUCAUCGGUGUCAGGCCAACGGUUUGCCACUAAAAAGUUGGUUGGGAACAACGGCCUAAAUCUUUCUGCACUACACUUGAGUCGAAAAAGCAGAUGGGGAAUUCGGACAGUCAGUACACUCUGCAGGGGACGAGGGGGCACCAUAUUGAGGGGAAGCCCGCACCUGGUAGCAGACAGAAGUCUUGCGCCCUGAAGAUUCGGAGUGUCUACGCCAAGGAUGAGAAAUCACGCUCUGCUUUUGGCUGGGGGUACGGCGGCAGCAGCAUAAGCUACAAAGCAAGAUCUCUGGGCAGAAACUGCCUUUCACAACACAAGAGUAACCAACGUUACCCUCUCAACAACUCUUCACAUCACUGCGAGUCUUUGGCCGCGGGAAAUCACAGUAAUAGCAAUGCUUACGCCAGGUGCCACUUGGGGAACUACAGCGAUGGGAACAACGCUAUGUUAACCGGAAACCACAUUCCUUGCAUUCGUGUUGAGACAGCCGGCAAUCCCGCUAAAGCCACGCAACGCAAUGGCUGUGUGGUGAAUGGGCACGGAUUCCACACCAGCGAAAUGGACGGCAAGGACCCAGAAGGAGAGCGCAGCCCAAAGGUUCUCAUCAAAACCCUGGGCAAGUUUGACGGGAGCUUAAGGGUCGAGUUCCAUAGCGGCUGCAGCGGCAGCAACAACAACAAACUACCGUCCGAGGGAUCCCACGGGCCGGUUCAACUGCUUAGAUACUCUCCAGCUAUGGAGUCCGACCCCGGGAAACAAAGCGAGGCACACAGUGAUCUCAGCAAGGAGUUUGGGAUGGAGCAGGGCCUUGCAGCUGGUGAGGAGAGGUUGAAGUCUAGCAAGGGCAGCUCGUUGAGUUCAGAGUAUUCCUGGUCAGACUCUCCCUGGGGUGCCCGGGUUUCCUCUGGUGAGCUUGACAACAUGUUCCCAACUGGGAAAGCAUCAGACACCAGCAACGGACAUCUCUUCCCGAGAUCGUCUCUCUCCUCUUUCCAAGAACUGUACAGCGAUCAGGGUUUGGGACCCUCCACGCCCUCAGGGAUGGAUUUUUCAGGUGCCUAUAGGAAUCCCUCUCUAAAAUCCCAAACCUUAUUUGUACCUGACUUUCCCAGCUGCACAAACUUGCCGUCUGAUGAGGAGGACAGAGGGCCCAUCCAAUAUUCAUCAUACACGCUUCCCUGCCGCAAGUCCAAGCACCUUUCUGAAGAUGGUUCCUCAAGAGAUGCCUUAAAAAGUCGAAUACGUCGUUUAAGUGCUUGGACCGGCAGCCUUACGAGGAAGAAAAGGAAACUGCAGGAUUCAAAAUCAAAGGAUAUGAACGAAUAUUGUGACAGUGGAAUAGAUGGCGUCACGGGGGACACUAGCUCCCCAUCCCAGAUCUCCAGUCUAAUGUGGUCGCUGGGAUCCAGCUAUACCCUGCCUCCUCGAAGCAGCUCCAGCAAUGCAGUUGGCAACGAUGUCCUGCGGCAGAGCAUCUACGAGAACUUCAUGCGGGAGUUGGAAAUGGGCCACAUGCCUCUAGAAAACACUGACCAGUCAACAGAGAGCGAGGAGACAAGCAGCGACUCCUUCAGUUCUUUGGAACAACUGGAUUUAUUGUACGAAAAGGAACAGGGGUUUGUGCGGAAGGCCGGCUGGCUGUCCUUCAAGCCUCUUGUUGCCCACCAGAAGGAGAGGAAAUUAGAACUCGCUCCUCGCAGAAAGUGGAGACAAUAUUGGGUUUCUCUUAAAGGCUGCACCCUCCUAUUUUAUGAGGCAACUGGGAAAAGCUUCAUCGAGCAGAGCAGCGUGCCCAGAUAUGCCCUGUUUGCUGAAGACAGUAUCGUGCAGGCUGUGCCUGAACAUCCCAAGAAAGAAAACGUGUUCUGUCUCAGUAAUGCCUUCGGGGACGUUGUUUUAUUUCAGGCUAUGAGCCAGACUGAUCUGGAAAAUUGGGUUACGGCAAUCCAUUCUGCCUGUGCAUCAGUGUUUGCAAAGCAACAUGGAAAGGAAGAUACAGUCAAGCUACUGAAAAAUGAAACAAAAAGCCUUGUGCAAAAGAUCGACAUGGAUGGGAAAAUGAAGAAAAUGGCAGAGUUACAGUUGUCGAUUGUAAAUGACCCCAAAAACAGGAAGGCAAUUGAGAAUCAGAUCCAGCAGUGGGAGCAGAACCUGGAAAAGUUUAACGUGGACCUGUUUAGAAUCCGUUGCUAUUUGGCAAGUUUACAAGGAGGGGAGCUUCCCAAUCCCAAGAGUCUCCUAGCAACAGCCAGCCGGCCUUCUAAGGUGUCUCUCAGCAGAUUGGGCAUCUUCUCAGUCUCUUCGUUUCAUGCUCUGAUUUGUUCAAGAGACGAGACCAUGCUCCGAAAGAGAACCCUCUCCUUGUCUCAGCGAAUCCGAAGCAAAAAGGGCUUAUUUUCAUCCCUGAAGGGUUUGGACGAUCUUGGGAGAAAGGGAAAAGAAAAACGUCCCCUGGUAACUCAGGUUUUUGAUUGUAAUGGAGGUGCAGACUUCACAGGCUCUCAGUUACCAGUGAGCCACAGUAGUACUGAUGAGCACGGAGCUGAUGGAUCUAUGAACGUCCACUUUCCAACACCAGAGAGCGCAUUGUGUGAAAGUUCCUCAGAGAGUACAAUUCGUGUCUGCUUUUUUGACCACCAAGCAACAAUCAUCGCAGUCAAACCAGACCACACAGUGGAGGACGUGCUGACUAUGGCUUGCAAGGCAAGGCAACUGGAUCCCGUUCAUCACUUUCUUCGCCUUAGAAGAAGGGUGCACAAAAAUGUGGAAUAUAUUGUUCCCAACAGAAUGGACUACAUCCAGGACCAGCUUUUUGAUGAAGUUGAAAUCAUCGCCGUGAAUAUUCAUUACGUGCGUCUUGAGAGGACAGGACCUGAAACUGCCUUUGGGUUUGCAGUCGCUGGACAGUUUGAUGGGAAGCAUCAACACAGUUCUUUGUUUGUGAGCGAUGUUCUCCCUGAUGGACUGGCCUUUGGAGAAGGUGUACGAAUAGGAGAUGAGAUCUUGAUCAUAAAUGGGGAAGUGGUGGCUGAUCUGCAGCACACACGCAUCGAAUCCUUGUUUGCAGAGAACCAUUUGAUGCUGACUGUCAAAAGGCAGUCAUGGGAAUUGAGCCAAGCUUCACAUGAAUGCAACGACUUGUUAAAGCACGAGCCCAUCGCUCCUCGACCUCCCAAUCAAUCAAAACUGCUGCAAGAGUUCAUUGACAGCCUCCUACUUCCUAUCCCUUCUGAUUUUACCGACGUGCCUGAUGUUCCGACUGUGACUCGGAGUGCCACCACCGACUGCGUAGAGUCUCUCCACCAGGCUGACAAGCGUCCAUCUUUUUCAAAGAGCACAGAGCAGGUUAGCACCUUGUGCAGAAGUCUACAUGAGCUGCAGCCGUCCGGUAUGGACAGACAGAAGGAUAAUCCCGAUCAGCCUGUGAGAGCUCUGGCGCGGCACCUCUCUGAUGUAGAGAGGCUUCGGAAAGUCAUCCAGGAAUUGGUGGACACCGAGGAAUCCUACGUGAAGGAUUUGAGCUGCCUUUUUGAGGUGUACCUGGAUCCCUUACAGAAUGAGACUUUCCUGACACAAGAUGAGAUGGAGUCGCUGUUUGGGAGCCUGCCAGAAAUGCUUCAGUUUCAGAAGAUGUUUCUCCAGACCCUAGAGGAGGGCAUUGCCUUAUCACCGGAUUUUAGCAAACUGGAAACUCCGUCCCAGUUUAAAAAGCUACUGUUUUCACUGGGUGGUUCAUUCCUCUAUUACGCCGACCACUUUAAACUCUACAGUGGUUUCUGUGCAAAUCACACCAAGGCUCAGAAAGUCCUAGAAAGAGCUAAAACAGACAAAGCUUUCAAAGAAUUUUUGGAUGUGCGGAAUCCCACGAAGCAACAUUCCUUUACGUUGGAAUCGUAUCUGAUCAAACCUGUCCAGAGAGUGUUGAAGUACCCACUGCUGCUGAAAGAAUUGGUAUCUCUGACCGAUCCAGAGAGUGAAGAGCACUACCAUCUAACAGAGGCACUAAAAGCGAUGGAGAAAGUGGCCAGUCACAUCAACGAGAUGCAGAAAGUCUACGAGGAUUAUGGAACAGUUUUUGAUCAGCUGGUGGCUGAACAACCCGGAACUAAGAAAGAGGUUACAGAGCUUUCAAUGGGAGAACUCUUACUGUAUUCUUCAGUCACCUGGUUAAACCCCUUCCCAUCUCUGAGUCGAAUGAGGAAGGAGCCUGAACUAACAAUCUUUGUCUUCAAGCGAGCAGUCAUACUGGUUUACAAAGAGAUCUGCAAACUGAAAAAGAAAACGGCAACUAUUCCACGAUCUGCUUAUAUCCACGGUGAUAUCGACCAGUUUAAAUUCCGAUGGUUAAUCCCACUUUCCGCUCUUCAAGUCCGACUGGGAAAUGCUGCAGGAACUGAUACUAACUGCAUUUGGGAAUUAAACCACACUAAAUCUGAAAUCGAGGGUCGACCUGAGACAGUCUUUCAGCUAUGCAGCAGGGACCCAGAGGGCAAAACUAAUAUCAUCAAGGCCAUUCGUUCAAUCCUGAGGGAGAAUGUUCGGCGUCAUAUGAACAAGUCAGAAACAUCAAUUGAGAAACUGACCAAAGAUCGUCUCGCCCCUCUGAGAUGCCGAGUGCCAUCCUCUGCCAGAAUUGCAUCAACUCGAGCUUCAAAGCUUUUCAAACUCUGCUCGUCCUCUACCUGGGGUCAGGACCCCACGGGGCGCAACGCUGUUGAUUCCGACGAGUGCAGUCUGAGCAGCGGAACUCAAAGCAGUGGCUGCCACACCUCAGAGAGUGGACCUGAACACAGCAAUCUGCCAUAUCCAAAGCAGGAACACACAGAGGAGCAACAGGGGGAGGAGGUGAAGGAAUCUGAUAUUCUGAGUGAUGAUGAUGAUGAUUACUGCAAAACUAAGAACACAUCUCCCACUGAUGACAUUGAGGUGCAGUUUGAGAAAAUGCAAAUUGAAAUUGAUCCUAGAAGUGACGGGGAGCAGGCCCCGAAUGAGCAACUGGAUACAGAGAUUGAUCAAAGUGAUCAUCCCAAGCUCGUAAGAGGCCAUUUCUGUCCCAUCAAACGGAAAGCAAACAGCACAAAAAAGAACAAAGGGAACUUGUUGUUUAUGCAUGAACAUAACCGAUCUCUAGAUAGUCAAUCUGAUAGUCCAAAUGUAGAUCUGAACUCUGUGCUGGAGAGAGAGUUUAGUGUGCAGAGCCUUACUUCGGUAGUGAAUGAAGACUGCUUCUACGAAAACGUGGAGACAGCUGAGGAGUCUUAGCUUCAAGGUCUCAAGUGGGUGUUGCUCUCUACAAAGUGAUCAGAACUCGGGAAAUUUAUUAUCUUAUCUACACGUAAGUCUCCUAACUGUCCUCUUUGGUUUUGAAAGUAGACGGAAAAGGCUCGGUAAAUAAGAGCAAUGCUUAGUUUUCCUUAUUGUUGUCUGCACUAAGACCACAGUUUUAGCUUUAAGAAGGUAGUUUUUUAAUUUGUUUUCGUUGAAGAAAAUAUUAAGUACAGAGGAAUUUUUAAAAUUUAUUGUCCAUUAUAGACAAUAGAGCUAUUGUUUUGGUUCUCUAAUACAAUGUUAAAUUUAAUGGUUUGCAAAUAAGGCCCGGUAGUGAACAUAGAACGUAAUGUUUCCAAGAAAGGUCAAAUUAUUUUAAGAGACUGUAAAUCUUAAUUUUAUUUAUACAUGGAAAAUAUUGGUUUACAAUAGCACCAGAAAAUUGAACAAAAGUGGGAUUUGUCAAAUUUUUGUCGUUUUAAAAUGCCUGCCAAUGCCGCUUUUUCUAUUUUUGUGGACAUUUUCUGUGUUUGCCAAGGUAAAUCCGCUGGUGACACAUAUAGAUCUACCUAUUUAACAUAGUCCAGCACUACAGGCUGUGGUUAGUCUGCAGUAAUACAGAUGUUUGCAUACUCGAUAGUUUUUUUCCUGUAAAUAAGCAUUGAACUUUGUGUAUAUUGUAAUUUUAUGAGACCUGUCUGCAUUGUAAUAUUAGGUUUAAUUUGUAUUGGGUUUAAUUUUGUAUUCUGUUGAACAUGACUACUUGAUAUUCAAUAUGCUGCAAAAUGCUUGUGUGGAAUAAAUAUGCACAGUGUAUUCAG